CGGAAGCCUUGCCUCUUCUGUCAUAACCCACACUGAAAUGGUUCCAAAACGAGUUGAUCAACACUAAAUUAGACGUUUUCGCAGUCGAACAUCUUAAAUCGUAGGAAAACUAUGCCAGAGAGAUAGAAACACCUGAAAAAUCAGUGAAAAUUAAACAGAUCUAACAGGAGAGCAAUGCUGCUGAUGGACGCCUUGUUUAACAGCCUGCUGGUGGUCAGUUCGGGCUAUGCGAUGUACACCCUGCACCCCCUGGAGACGCCCUACGGCUAUGCCACGGCGGCCCUGAGCCUGGUCCACGGCCUCCUGGGGGUGGUGCGGGCGGCGGGCAACGACGACGAUGAGUGCAACCGGGUGCGAUUGAUAACGUCGGGCAUCAUGGAGAUAGUGCCGCUGCCCCUGACCAAUAUCGAGCUGUACCUGAAGUCGAGCAAUCCCAGCUUGGCCCUGGCCCACGGCAGCUUUGUGGUGCCAUUGGUCUAUGAUCUGAUGGCCAAGAUGGCUGACAACGAGGACACCUCCACGGAGACGCUCAAGGAACUCACACUGCUGGGCAACGUGGUGUCCCUGCUCUUCCUGGGUGUCAAUCAGUCCAGCAAUCUCUACGGCGGCAUGGCGGCCAUCGCCUUUGCAGCCCGCUACGGUUCCGUAAUCCUCGACUAUUACUGGGAGGGACUGGGCUCCGAUUUCACCCUGCUGGCCCACUCCAUGUUCGUCGUUCUGAUGACCAUGACCCUCGCGGCCAAGUGAUGGGGAAUCGACCCCCCAGAUGACAACCCCCAAAACCAUCCAAAAACCAAGGCCAGCGGUGCGGUUCGUUGGCUUUCAGCUCAAUAAACUUGCAAUUAAUGUUGGCAAAUUAAAAUGCAAAAAUAAACAUUAAUUGUUUUGUCACACUCGCAGCACGACCAAAAAACCA